CAGCGGGGGCUGCAGUCGGUGCUGUGCCUGACAGGCCUGCCCGGGGUCUGCAGGGGUGGGCAGCAGUGGUUCUUCAGCCUUUGGGUUGGGAGAGUGAGGCUGAGUAAUCCUGGCCGUGCGUGCAGAAGUGCCAGCUGCCUGGGGAGCACGUUUGAAAGGGGUGAUUUGCUGGUGCAGAGGGAAGGGGCUGGGAGUGGGUGCUGCAGGAUGAGUCUGGCUGACUGGAUGUGUGUGUUGAAUGUUAUUGUCCUUCCUUGCUCCCACAACAAAAGAGCCAAACCCGGGUAAGACUGAGCAGCCUGCAUUGAUCUGCAGGUGUGGUGACUCUGGAGGACGUGGGAAGUUCACAGCAUCCAUAACUUGAGUUGGAGGGCAGAGCAGGAGAUGCACUCAGGAGUGAACACUUGAUAGCGUGGUGACUGUUGUCUCUGGUUUGGAAUUCAACUUUCACUACUGUCAUCCUAAAACCAAAUGGAAAAAAGGAACUUUACAGCCAGGGAGUGCCUUCUGGUGAGGGGUUCCAGAAUUCUGCACAGUUGUGCUUUUAGCAGCCACACGGGGGCAUGGCAGAAUAAAGCAUCACUCCUCUCACCCAAAUUGCACUGCCUGGCUGCGGUGCUGUGAAGUGCUCACAAUUGGUGUAGCUUCUUGUGUGAACGCAGGCCUGUUCCUGUCCAUGUUCUGACAGAAAUAUGGGCUUAGGGCAGCAUUUAAUUUGGCUUUUUUCUUUCAGAACAUAUAUGCGAAGUUCUGCUUUCCAAACAUGCCUUUUUCAGGGAAUCUGGCACAACUUCUGUGCUAUCAUAAUUCUGACUCUACAGAACGUGUGUGUGAAAAUAGCCAUCUGUUUCCUUUAAACUUUUCUAGAAAGGAGACCCAUUUUUCCCUCUGUCUUCCUUCACUACUGAAGGAGUCAUCUGACUGGUUAAUAAUGAUUCAUUUUCUUUGCUGAGAAAUGUACAUCCAAAGAAACAGUUCAGCUUCAGUUCACCUUCAAACAAGACAGGAGAACUGUGCUGCAGAGGAAGGUGGAAGAGGUGACAAAGGUUUGCAAGAGCCGCCGCAAGGAGCAGGAGCGCAGCUUCCGCAUCACCUUUGAUUGAAGGACUCCCCAGAAAACAGAGGUGUUGGGGAACUGAGGUCUGAAAUGGUGACCUGGCUUUUUUCUUUUCUUGCAAUAAAAUGUGUUGUUUGUUCCAAAGGCAGUCUUUGUGGUGUUGGAGGGGAAUUCACUGACCCCAGUCCGAGAAACUGUGUGAAGGUUGUGCAGGAGGUGUGGGCUCUUUGUCCUUCAGCACUGCCUGCAGGCUGGUGGGAUACACAGAUGCUGCCUGGGAGGGCUCUGGACAGGCUGUGCCUCCCUGGUCGAGCUCUCCAGCACUUAAAUGUAACUUGGACAUAUUCAACUGGGACUUGAUCAGCUUUUUUUCAGGUUGGCUGAUGAGUGUCCUCAGAGGAGCUGCAGCAGUCUAAGAGACUGUAAUCCCUGACCUGGCAAGCUGGAGUCGGUGUUUAAAUUAGGUAUCUGAGAGUGGGCCUUGUUUUUUGUGCUUUUGGGCAACAAACUGCUUUUGCACUGGUACCUGUGAGCAGAAUUUCUGUGCAACUGAAAAUUACUAGACGUGCCAGUAAAAAAAUGGCACUUCUGUGGUGAUUUGGUGCAGUGCAGGAGGGUCCAGGGAAGAACAUGGUCACCAAGUCUGCUACAAAGGCUGUUUAGGGAACAGAGUCCAAUCACUGCUUUUUGAUCCAGUGUGAUUAUAAUGCACAUUCCAGUGUAUCUUUAUUAAGCUACAGUAAGAUCUGCAGGCCAGCCAGUGUCACUUCUGAGCCCAGCAUGAUCAUGGAGCAGAUCUUCAUGGCAACUCUGUGAAGGCACAUGGAAGAUAAGGAGGUGAUUGGUGACAGCCAACGUGGCUUCCCUAAGGGCACAUUGUGUCUGACCAAUUUUGUGCCCUUUUAUGAUGAGGUUACAGCACUGGUGGAUGAGGGAGGGGCAACUGCUGUCACCUACCUGGACCUGUGCCAGGCAUUUGACACUGUCCUGGGUGACAUCCUUGUCUCUGAACUGGAAAGAUGUGGAUGUGAUGGAUGGACCCCUCGGUGGAGCAGGGACUGGAGAGGUGUGUUCAAGGGCUUGAUGCCCAAGUGGGGAGCAGUGAUGAGAGCUGUCCUCAGGGUUGGGACUGGCACUGUUUAUCAGCUGUGCUGGUGACAAGGACAGCGGGAUUGAGGCACCCCCAGCCACUCUGCAGAUGACACCAUCUGUCACACGCUGGAGGGAAGGGACACCAUGCAGAGCGACCACGAGUGUGACUGCAAUGCCCAUUCCAAACUAUCUUUACUAAGUGAGGGGGGUGAAUGGUCGCGUAUUUAGCACAGCUGCCCUGGUGCUCGGUUCUUUGCACUUCGAGCUCUUGUGCAAAACACCAAAGGGGCGCAAAUGUUCCACUUACCCUCCUGUGCUGCCCCACAGCUGCCCUGUCUAACAGCGCGUCCCUGCAGGAGGGGAAGGCUCUGCUUUUCAGUGGGAAAAGUGUUUGUUCAGGAACAAACUCCUGAACACCGAUUUGUAGGUGUUGAAGAGGGCAUUCUUUACUCAGCACGCUGGAGGUUCGGAGGAUGGCUCCUCUAACCGAGGGUGCCAGAUGACAGACAGGGCUUUUUAUUACACAUACAGUUUACAUGUUCAUCAGAUAUUCUCGCUUACCUAAUACACACAGUAAUUAGUUUGGUUUAGGAAACCGCGCCCUUAUUCAAAGUCCUUUUCUUUGGUCCUUCCGGGUCUUCUUCGUCGUCUUUGACCCCAGUUCUGGAGCAGGGACAGCGUCACAGAGUUCCACCACCAAAAACUGUCGCCUUUGCUCUUUAUCUUGUCCGGGGCACACAGAGCUCAGUCCCCUUUGUUGCACCCCUUCCCUAACUCCUCUGGGGCUGCUCUGAGAUGAUAUUGUUCCUUUUUCUGCGGCAUGGCGGGGUAAAGUUUCUGUUUCUCCAGGAAAUAAAAGCUCUCCAAUCCUUUCCGGGCCGCGGCUCCCGGCGCUCCGCGCGGCCGCGGGCGCUGCCGGGGCUUGGAGUCCGGGAUCGGCGGGGAUCGCAGGGAUCGUGGGGAUCGGCGGGGCCAUGCGCAGGGUCAACAGCAGCCUGUCCAGUGAUGAGCUUCUCCUGGAAGACUUGGAGACGGAAGGGGAGAGGCAGCUGAAGAGCCUCCUUCACCAGCAGCUUGAUACCACUGUCUCCAUCGAGCAGUGCAAGUCAAAGCGAAGAUGCUUUGCUCCUGCAGCUUUUUACAAGCCUUUUGGGGAGGAGGCUGCGGGGGCUUUGACCUUGUCGCAGUUCCAGGCCCUGGAGGAGAGCAACAAAGAAACUUCCUCACUCCGGGAGCUGGGGCUCUCUGACUCGGAGAUUCUGCUCUGGAAGAACCGGACUUCAACAAGGAAGGGCUCUGGGCUGGGGGCGGCCCCGGAGGCCACGCAGGACCGGCUCCAUGCCAUCCAGGAGAAGAUGGAGGAGCGGCAGCGCAUCCUGGCUCUGCCCCAGAGGUUUGCUGGCAGCAAGCAGCUGAGCCGCAGGGAGAUGGAGAUUGAGAAUGCCCUUUUCCAGGGAACAGACCGCCACUCCUUCCUCCGGGCGCUCUACCACGAAGAUGACACUCAGAAGAAGGGAACAGAUGGAAAGGACCCCAUGGUUCAUCUGGAGAGUGUUUACCAAGAGCUGCUGAGCAAGAAGGGCCCUGAAAAAGUCCAGCCUGCUAAGAGUGACCCCUGCUUGUGCCCUUCCCUGGCCCCACAAGGGUCUGUGGCUGAGGGCUCAUCACCUCCUGACCAGGAAGAACAAGCACAACAGGCAGCAAGUCCCAGCAUUCCUGCAGUAAAGCCCCACCAGUCCUCUCCAAGGCCAGUGGUUAUCAAGGAUCCUGUAGAGUUUGUGCCAGAAGAGGAGAUCCUCAAGAACCGCCUGUCAGAGGAAGAACUCCGGAAAAUACCCAGGUUCUCGUCCUACCAUCCAGGGGAGCCCAGCAAGGUGCUGUAUUUGAAGAACCUGGGCCCUCGGGUGACGAUGAAGGACCUGGUGUCCUUGUUUGCCCAGUUCCAGGAGGAGGACAGCCCACUGCUCCAGUUCCGCCUCCUCAGCGGGAGGAUGAGGGAUCAGGCCUUCAUCACCUUCCCCGAUACCGAGUCUGCCCAGAGUGCCCUGCAGCUGCUGAACGGGUACAAGCUGCAGGGGAAGCCACUGGUGAUUGAAUUUGGGAAAAGCAAGAAGCAUUUGCCAGAGACUGACUCUGCCACCCCCAGCUCCUCUGCUGCAGAGAACGCCCCUGCCACGUGAGGAUGGAUAACCAGGAGCCUUGUGGAGUUCAGUGAGCCGUGGGAACUCCGUGGUUGUCCCUGGGACAGUGAAGGACUGUUGGGAGUUAACGGGCAGGUCCAUUCAGCUUGAGGUGGGGAAGGGAGAGAGAUGGGCACUGCCUUUACACUGUUGGGGUGGACUGGCUUUUUCGUCCUGUUCCACAGGUGUGUUUGCCUUCUCAGCUUUCUGGGGCAGGGAGGGAGAAAGGAGGCCAUGUAAAUAAAUGCACUUAUUAUGGUAUUUC